AGAAUUUUUCGAUACCUUGCUUUUCGUUUCACAAAUGAACAUAACAUCGAUCUAUUGCGAUCUCACUGUUACCGAUUCACGCGUUAACUUUUUCCGAGAAGGAUGAAGGUUACAAUCUCUGAAUGCCUCAGAAAUCUGCUUUAAAUUCGUGUACUUUCCGCGAAAGCGAAUCGGAAACGUAAUGUCGAUUUUUGACGUGACGCUUUUAGAACGUGACACUCGAAUCGGAGUUUGUCUCGAACGAUCGUAAGUUUUACUUGUAGCAAGACGCGAGAAAGAUUUAUCGACACGUAACGAUAAGAUUAAGACGUCUGUGCUCGCUUUUGAAAUAAUGACGUUUGAUGAUCUAUCGGUAUGAGAUAACCUGCUCGUUCCACUCGCGAUGAAAGUGCAGUCGAGUGCAGCUCCGCUCGGCAUCGCCGAGCAACACGAACGAUGACAGCGGCACGUGUGUGUCAUGGCGCGCGCCAUCGUCGCCGCAGAUUGAACCGCGUUCCGUAUCUCUCGCUCUCGCAGAACUCGCGCCGGGAGUGUUGACUUAGAAACGUCGCGAUGAAGGAGGAGAGUAUGUUGAGCUUCAAGUGGCAGAGCUUCCCGACGCACCUGGUGUUCUCGCUCGACACCUGUUACGAGAAGCAACAAUUUGUCGAUCUGUCGUUGGUGUGCAAGGAUGGUACGGUCCUCAAAUGUCACAAGAUGGUACUGGCCAACUCGAGCUCCUUCUUCAGGCGACUGCUCGUGGCCAACGAUCAUCCGCACCCGAUGAUCAUCCUGCACGACGUCGAGGCCGAUGAUCUCAAGACCCUCGUGAACUUCAUGUACUGCGGUGAGAUACAGAUAGUGCAGAGCGAGGUUAGGCGGCUGCUCAAGCUCGCCGAGGUGCUGCAGGUCGCUGGACUGCAGCACAUCCCGUCCUCGCUGUUGAUAGGCGAGGACGCGAACAGCACCGCGAAGGAACACUACUCGGACGCAGCCAAGAAGACCACUACCACGAUGUCGAGAGUGAAGAUGAAGGACGCCAAGCAGAACCUGAGCGCCAGAAGCGGCAGCAGCGGGAGCGGUUCCGAGCACGAGGUCGGGGUGACGGUGCAGACGCGGCACGAGAGCGGUAAGGUCGCGCAGGUGAGAGUCGCCACCCAUCCUCCCAAAACGUCCACCAAAGUUCCUGCGGACGCGACACGGAAGAAGGAGGAGAUCAGUAUAAAUGAGCUGUGUCAGCGACUGGAGACCAGCAACUCCGGUAUCAGUAUUGUAGAUAUCAACGACAUGCCGAGCACGAGCAGGGGUCUGCAGAACGUAUCAUCCACACCGCAGAAGCGUAAAGAGUCCUCGGAUAACGUCAUCAGUUGGCCACGCAUAUUAUCCGCGAUAUCGAAGGACAAUCCAUUACCCCUGAAGAAAUUGUGCAUCAUGGACGAGGUAGAGAUCACGGCCGGUAAACCGCCUGCCCCCGUGGCAGACAGCAAGCGAAACGAGCCGUUGGACAGGAGGAAAGCUUCGAAGAGUUCCAACGAUGAUCACAAUAUGAAUAUGGUUUUCAUUAAGGACGAGAUCGACAUAUCGUCGGACGUGGAGGAGGACGUCGACAUGGAUCCCCUCGAGGUCGACGAGAUUGACAAUGAGAACGCGGAUAGUAGUAAAAUGUCCACGCAACAGUUCUAUCCUCACACGUUGUAUCAUCCGGUAGGGAAGAAUGCUCGCUCGCACACGGAAUUUCCGCCCAGAAAGGGUUCCAAUAGUUAAUGUGAUUGACUGCCGCGGUGGAUUUUGAACUGAAAAAUGGAAACUUCUGGAGCUCGAGUCUCCUUUCUCACCGCGAAGAAAAGUUUACAAGUGUAAGAUUGCAAAGUUUUCGCAAUUAUUUUGUGGACAAAAUGGAUAUAAAUGAAAA